UCUGGAGCGGCACCAAGUGCGAGUGGGCUUCUCGGAGCCGGCGUCGCCGUCGCUGGCGCGCCGGCCGGACGGCACGCCGCUGCGCUCCGAGCGCAGCCCGACGCCGACGGGGCCGACGCGGCCGCCGGUGCGACCCGGCUCGACCGCCUCCACGCCCAGCCCGACCGUCUCGGUCACUUCGUUCGACGGCGUGCCGAGCUGGGCGCACCGGGCCGAGGUGUGGGCGCCCGGCGCGCCCGGCUCCUCCGCCGGCGAUCCGCAGCAUAAGCAGUCGUCGCAGUUCGACGCGCACAUUCAUCAGCUCAGAGAUGAGCAGGAGCGAAUGCAAAAGAAAACAUUCCUGAACUGGAUCAAUUCUCACCUAAGAAACCACAAGCCGCCGAUGCAGAUGACCAACCUGAUUGACGACCUGAAGGACAGCACGCGCCUGCUGGCCCUGCUGAACGUCCUCUCCGGGGAGGAUCUGCCGGUGGAGAGGAGCCGGGUGCUGCGAACGCCGCACUUCCUCAGCAACGCCAACACGGCGCUGCGCUUCCUGCAGAGCCGACACAUAAAACUGGUCAACAUCAACCCGUCGGACAUCGUGGACGGCCGGCCGCCGGUCAUCCUCGGCCUCGUCUGGACCAUCAUCCUGCACUUCCAGAUCGAGAUGAGCACCCGUGCGCUGGAGCAGCUGGCCUGGAGCGGCAGC